UGAGCGGACGCCUUCGCACAAUCCGCAACUCUUCGACAAGUAGACAAGACAAAGACAAGGAUUCUGCUUGCCUCUUUGCUCCAGACUUGACUUUGCGUGGAUCCUUCCGGACGCCUCUUGAACUUUUUUGUCAUUGUCCUCUUUGACCUGCGAUGGACGGCGCUCCAAAAGGCUUCGCGGCGGGGCGUGGCCUCCUAGCCGCCGCCGACACCUUGAACUUCAACGUGAACGAGCAGCGGCCCAUCCGGCAAAUGGGGGGCGGGGUUUCGGGGGGUGGCGGCGUGGAGGAGCAGGAGAGCGGCUCACGCGUGCCCCGUGGUGGCGGCCAUCUGGGCGGCACCAUGAAGCUGUUUGCCAGCUUGGGGCUGUCACCCUCCGAUCUGGACGCUCUGGCUCAGAUCCCUGAGGAGGACAUCAGCGUGGAGACGCUCCCGCAGAUCCUCAUGCAGCUCAAGAACCGCAAGGCGGGGCGGGGGCCCUCCUCCGCGCCCCCCGACGAGGCCUACCGGGGCGGCGGGGGCCGGAUGGGCGCCGCCUCUUUCGGCAUGGGUUCUGGCUCGUCAGACUUCGGAUUCGCUUCCCCGCAGGGGGCCUCCCUCGGCCGCGGAAUGCGCUUGAAUUUCGGCGGUGGUGGCGGGAGCAGAGAGAGGUCAUACUCUGAACUUUCGCUCCGCGAUUCCUACGGCGGUCCGCAGGGGGCGUUGCUCUCCCAACCUGCCUUCACGCAGCCGCGCAGGAAAGGCUCUCCGUCGCAGGGAAAGGUCCAAGACUUUUUGGGAGCCCCGCCCCCCAGGUUCCCACACGUGUGCUCUCUUUGUGACUUUGACGUGCAUUCCAACAUGGAGUGGACCCAACACACAAAUGGACUUCGACAUGCUGAGAACAGGCGUGUGCUGCUCAACAUGUACCCCGAGUGGGAUCCCAGUGGGGCUCCAGGAAGAAGCGGCGCCAUGGAGUCCACCAACCUGUCAGCGGGGCUGCUGGGACCUGCCCCGUCGGCGCCUGGCCCGGGGGCCAGGAUGCUGUCCAGUUGGGGACCUGGACCGGGAUUGGGUCUCGGCAUGUCAGGGCAGAACCGCUCAGGAUCAAACGUGAUGAGGAGCAGGGUGGUGGUGGUGAAAUAUGACAGGAGGCCGCUCAGCAACAAGACUUUGUUCGCCUUCGCCGAACCUUUUGGUCGUCUGCAGGAGCACCUGGUCCUCAAGACAAAAGCAUUUCUGGAGAUGGAGACUCACGAAGAGGCGCUGGACAUGGUGAACUUCUACGAGCGCAAGCCGGCCACGCUCUACGGGAAGCCCAUCACCUUCUACCUGUCCAAGAGGUUGAUGGUCAUCCAGAAGGAUGAGCGGUCGUCGGACCGUCCGCCCUGGCCUCCCAGAACGGACGGUCCAGGUCGCAGAAGUCAGGUGGUCUUCUUCUCCAACCUACCCAGAGAAGUUGGCAAGAAGGAAGAGCUGCUGACCAUCGCUGCUCGCUUUGGCGUGGUGGAGAAACAUCUCUUCUUGACAGACCAGGCGUUCAUCCAGUUGGGAACAUUUGAAGACGCCGAGAUGAUGGUCAAGUACUAUACUGUCAAUCCACUCACAAUCAAAGGACGAGCUGUCCGCCUCAACAUCUGCACCAAGUACAAGACCCUCAACAUCGACCGCAGACACAAGGAACCGGUCGGAGGAGGAAGCAGUCGGAGGGCUGGAACCCAGAGAAGACCAUCCCGGUCUCUAUCCCGGUCGCCUUCCAGGAGCAGAGACGAGGAGAACGGAGCCAAAUCGGCUUCGGAGGAUGAAGAAGAGGUGGCGGGUGUGGUCGAGGGGGAGGGGGAGGACCUUCAGAGCGAGUCAGGUGUGGAUGGGGAGGAAAAACCAAGCGAGACGCCUGCAGAGACCGAGGAGACUGACGGAGGGGAUGGCGGCAUUCAGAAGGCGCCUGAAGAACACGUAGAUGACGUCACGAAGGAUGACAUGUCUGACGAGACACCUGGCGAUGAUGGCAGCGCGGUUGAGAAGGGGGUGGAGUCGGAGGAGCAGCGAACAGAAGCAGGAAGUGGUGUCGAGCAGGCAACGGAGGAGGAUGACAGCUUCCUAGAGAACAUGGAGAACAUGGAAGACUUUGUGACGCUGGACGAGCUCCCUGAUGAUGACGAGAAAGAGGCUGAAGAUGUGGGACAGUCCGGCGGCACCGACACAUCCAGGAAGGGGGGCCUGCGGGUGGUCAACAUCCUGGGCUUCAGACGAGGGUACAAAUUCCUGGACGAGCUGCUGGGACUGGCGACGCCCUUCGGGAAGGUGGUAAAGCAUCUGGUCCUGGACUGGAGGCCGGAGGCGUUCCUUCAGUUCGCCACUGAAGAAGAAGCGAGGGCGAUGGCCAAGUUCUACAACGGGAACGUCAUGCCGUCUGUGUGCGGGCGUCCAGUGAGGGUCAACCACUCUUUGACCUACCCGACCAUCCAGGUGAGGGCUGCCUCGUCCACACGCGGCGUGCCAACUGGGGAGCAUUCAGUUGACCACUCUCACUUCCUGUCGUUGCAGUGCGGCGCCAGCAGGGUGGUGUACGUGGGCCAGCUGCCCAACAGCAAAUAUGAAGAUGAGGACGUCCUCAAACUGGCCGAACCCUUCGGCAAAGUCAAAAAGUACUUCCUGAACCCCAUCAAGAGGGAGUGUUUCCUGGAAAUGGAGAAGGCGGAGGCAGCGGAUGAAAUGGCCCAAACCUACAAAACCAACCAAGCAAAGUUGAACGGUAGACGUCUUCUAAUCUACGUCAGCAGGAAGUACACGCAGCUCAAGUAUGGACAUAGUUGUCCCAGCGCCACCACCAAGAGGGGGCCGAGCAGCUCGCCUCCAAAGUCCUCCAAACCCUCUGAAGAACCUCCAGCCAAGAAAACCAAGGAGGAAGAGGAACGCAAAAAAGAGGAGGAGAAGAAACCCCAGGAAGAAGAGGAGCCAAAAGAACUCAAAUCCCAGGAGGAAGAAGAGCAGCAGAAGGCCCAGGACGAAGAAGAGCUCAAAGAGGAAGAGGAGAAACCUGAAGAGGAGCUUGAAGCGGACCAGAAGAAACGUCAAGAAGAAGAGGAGCAAAUGGAAUCUCAGGAGCAAGAGGAUGUGCUGAGCUCACAUCAGAAGACGGAAGUGGACACUACGGCAAACAUUCCUGAUUUUCCAGAUCAGAAACAAAACAGCAGCCUGGAACUGACAGAGGAGGAGCCGGUUGUCGCCAUGGAGACAUCAGCCCAUCAGAACAAAGAGAGCGCCCCCCCGGCCUCUGAGACGAAAACCAGCGCAGCGUCUCUGCCGCUUCUGCCGUUCGAUCCCGAAAAAGCCAUCGGUGUGGAACACAUCAAGCUGGGUUACUACUGCCGAGUUUGUCUCCUUUUCUACUCCAACGAGGACAUGGCCAAGAAGACGCACUGCAGCAGCCAGACUCACUACGACAAGCUGCAGAAACAUCUGGAGAAGGAACAAGGCAAAGCGGAGAAGAAGCGAGCAAAGAAGACGAGCGCGUGACCACCUUUUGGCCAGCGGCCACCAAGACCUUUUCUUUUUCUUUAGCUGCUAACCUUUAACAAUAGACAAAUGGACCGCGCUUCACACAUUAGCUAGUUGUCAUGUGACAUAGCUCUCAUCGAGUCAGUUUCCAUAGUGUGGGUGGACUUAAGUUGGCAUGUUUGUUUUAAGAAAUAAAUGUUUUACACAUUU